GCAGAGACCGGAAGUAGCACAGGGUACUGACGCUAGCUUCACAGAGCAGAAAUCACGUUAGAGAGGCAGAGAAUCGAGUAGUGAUACAAAGCGUAGGUUAUUUCUGCUCUUUUAUUUUCUGGAGUAAUAUCCCAGGGACUCCUCCCUCCCUCCGCCUGCAGAGAGGAUGUGUUCUUUCACUCUGUAGUGGCUGAGAUCUCUCUCUCAGCGAUGCUAGCAGUGUGAGGCUGUUAGCUGGACGUUAACUGAAGCUAACGUAAACGUCAGGUCGGGACUGGAAUCAUCAGGGUUGGUGUUCAAGACGGUCCUGUGAUCCAGAGAGCUGCAGUCCUCAGUGUGUGAGGUCUCUCUGGGCUGACUGGGACCUCCACAUGUAAAGGCAGCUCGAGGCUAACGUCAUAAAGCUAACUGAGUGUGAUGUGUGUGUGCACCGUGUAGCUGUCCACGUCCACGUCCCGUCUCGUCUGCCAGCUGAGCUAGGCCACGUCCCUGCGGGCGGAUCUCACCCAGCCUACUGACACUGGAGGAGUCGUGGAGAGGAUGCCGAGUGUGCGGAAGGAGGAAGGAGAGUAAAAAAGCAAUAUGAAAGUCUUGGACGUUCAUGAGUGAGUAGUGUUUGCCUUUCUGAGUGGUAAUGUCACGUAGACGGAUGUGUUGUGCAGAAUCCUCUCAGUGAGCGCUGAGGGUAACAACCUAAGGUGACACUUUAAAUUUGAAAUGGUUGGAUUUGGUGCAAACCGACGGGGAGGCCGUCUCCCGUCCUUCAUCCUCAUCUUCUUGAUGGUGAUCAUCGCCAUCCUGUCGUUCAACUACUGGACGGUGUCCACCAAGCACGGCCGCUUGAUAGAUGAGCUGGCCGAGGUGCAGACGCAGGUGAAGCGCACGGACGCAGCGCGGAGCCGGCUGGAGAAGAGGAACUCCGAGCUCAUGAUGCAGGUGGACACGCACAGGAAGCAGAUCGACCAGAAGGAUGGGGAUUACAACGUCUUGGAGGGCAAGCUACAGGCCAGAGAGGGCCUCAUCAAAAAGUGCACUGAUGAGAAGAUGAAACUGCAGGCGGAAAACACAGCCCAAAUGACAGAAAUCCAGAGGCUAAAAGAGCAGCUGAAGGAUCUGAAGCAGGAGUUCUUGAAACAGGAAGAGCAGAUGAGGGAGGUGAAGAAGAAUAGCACUACCCUUGAAAGAAAACUGGAGUAUGAGAGUUUACAGUGUGGACGUCAGAUCGCACAACUGAAGGAGGAGUAUGAAGAAGCAAAAAAGGCUCUGGAGAUUGAAGCAUCCAAACUGAGACAGGGUGCUGUCGAACACCACAAGGGUAUAGCAGCAGGUAGAAAUGCAGAAGGAGGGCUUGGCGUGGACAUGGUGAGAGAGCGCCACACUGUGGCCAAUCAUCAACAUGACGGGCAAGAUUUAAAAGAGGAGCUGGGUAAGCCUGGUAGUGAUGCUGGUAUGCCAGGAAUUGAAGACAGUGAAGUGGGGAAGGUUGAUGACGUGCAAUUUGCCUUGAAGAAACCAGCCAUCACUCUGAAGCAGGACGAGGUCCCUGAGGUGGCUGUAGGAGCUGGUGCCGGGCCCAGAGUUGGGGCAGCUGAUGGCCCUGGGGUCCAGGCCCUAUCCUUGUCCUUAGACCAGCCCAGGCUCCAGGACAGAGUGGAAGGCCGAGCUGCGGUGGUUCCUGCCCCGGCCAUUAUGAAACAGGUGGACAAACCCAUCGUGUUUGAAGAAGACAACAAGGCUGGUAUCAAAGCCGAUGAGCUGGGAGAGCAACAAAGACAACUACAAGUUCCUGAUCAUGUCAAAAGUGACGGCGAACACUUGAAGGGGAUUCCUCUGCCCAACAAUCCUGCACAGGUGCCCAACCCCAUCCAGCCUCACCACCCCAAAGACCAGGCUCCAGUGGAAGCAGUUCACCACCGCCAAAGCCGGUUCUUUGAUGAGAACGAGUCCCCAGUAGAUCCGCAACACGGCUCUAAGCUGGCGGACUACAAUGGGGAUGAUGGGAACGUGGGUGAGUAUGAGGCCGACAAGCAGGCCGAGCUGGCCUACAAUGAGGAAGAGGAUGGUGAUGGUGGGGAGGAAGACGUUCAAGAUGACGAGGAUCGAGACAUGCAGGGAGACCGAGCUGUGGAUUAUGGGAAAAGACAUCAACCCAAUGACAUUCUUUGAAUGGGAACUUCUGCUGCUGUGACUCAUUGACAAAUAUUCAUGCCUUCCUCUACCACCAAGGUCGUUCUUGAAGCAUCAGAAAUUUAUAGGACGCAUUCUCAAUGUCAUGGACUAUUUUGAAAAAAAGAAACAGACACUGCAACUAAUGAUUUCUGAAUUACAUAACAUAAUACACCAAGAAAAAUCAUGGGUUUGUUAGCUGCUGUUAAUUUGCUAAAGAUUCUAAGUUAUGACAGUAGAGAUGAUAUCCUGUAGACUGACAGUCCAGUUUUGUAAUUUGAUAACUGCCUCAGUGUGAAGGAGAGAGGUCUAAUGAAGCCUUGUUGACUGACCGCUCAUCUUUGAAGGUCAAACUUUUGUUUUUGUUAGUUUUCUUUUCAGGUUACUGUUGCUUGAUGUGGACAAACUCUUCACCUGAGCUGUUUGGCAAAGAGACUUUUCUGGCAUCCAGCCUUUCUAACAUACUUUUGGGACUUUACAUGGAUUUUUCUUUCUCUUUUUUUGUCCAAGAAGUGGGGAUGCUUUGCAAAUGCCAAGGACUAUACAUAGACCUACUGAACCAAUUUCCUUUUCUUUCUGAUAGACACUCCAAAGUGCGCCUCAUUUUUUUCUAAUGAUGCCAUUGCAUGCAUUUGAACCUUUUUAUUAAUCAAACUGAGCAAAAUACUGAAGCUUAAGCAAUACUUAAAGUGAUGUUAGCGUCCUCCACAGUGUGCAAAAAUUAACCAAGCACAUAUGGAACCAACUGUACACAUGCUUCCGUCGAUGAGGUCUCUUGUACAUAAUGUAGUUGAACUGUUACCAUUUGUACCGAGGAAAUCGAGUUCUUCACCUUUUGGGGAAAUCCAUGAACCUAAAAUCAGUUCUGUUUGUGCAGCCAGGAAAAUAGAUUUUUCUCAUGGAAAGGCACAAUGAAUGUAAUUUAAUUUUAUUAAAGGUGAUGCUUCAUGUUA